UAUUAUCCAUUCGAUCAUCUUCAACUUCUGCCAUUUUCCCACGACUAUUUUCAUCCAGCAAAUACUCUUUAGCUUACUCUCCCACUUCAAAAACCCAGAAAAAUUAUGAUCACAUCAUCUAUUUUCCGCAAUUCAAUCACCUCAAUUUCUAUAAUUUCAUCAACAAAUACUAAACCAAAAUCAUCAAAUUCAAACUCAAUCAGAAGUUUCUCUAUUCAAUUCAGAAUUCGCGCCACUGUCAAACAGCAGAAACCCCUUCAAUCUCAAUCUCCAAUUGAAGAUUUCGAUGAGAGAGAAAAUUCUAAACCUAGGGUUUUGCUCAAUAGUCUUAGGGUUUUAGAGUGGGAUAAGGUUUCCGACGCUGUUUCUUCCUUCGCUGGGACUUCUCUUGGUCGUGUUGCUUCUAAGGAGCAAUUGUUGUCGCUUGAUCAGACGUAUGAGGAGAGUUUGAAGUUGCUAAGAGAGACAAAUGCAGCGGUUGAAAUUCGCAAGCAUAGUAAUUCGUCUCUGGAUUUCACUCCCAUUGAUGUCGUUCUGGCGAGGUCUGCUGUAGACCAUGCACGGAGAUCUUCACCAGUGGCUGGACAAGAAGCUAUGGCUGUUGCAGUUUUGCUACAGAUGGCAGAGGCUUUGCAGACUAACAUCAAAGCAUCAAUCAAAGAAAAUGCCGAUAUGCUUGAUCGUUUCAUGCCCCUGGCUGAUGUGAUACUGGACUGGGUCACCAACAAAUCACUAGUCAGAUCAAUACUGCAAGUUAUUGAUGAAGAUGGCUCUGUCAAAGACUCAGCAAGUGGAAAACUCAAACAGGCACGUUGGCGAGUUUUGAACCUCGAAAACAAGUUGCACCAGUUGAUGAACACUCUUAUUGCAAAUGAAACAAAUAAAACUAGUUCUUUGGAAGCAAGUAAUGUUGAUGGGAGAUGGUGCAUCAGAUCAGGAGCACGUCAACUGACAAGUUUUAAAGGUUUAUUGCUCUCAAGCGGAGCUGGCAUGGGGAAUAUUAUUGAGCCAGUCUCUGCUGUGCAGCUAAAUGAUGAAUUAAUGGAAGCAAAGGCAUCUAUUGCUGAUGCAGAGGCUGAAGUUCUUUUGGAUAUAACAGAAAAGAUUAAACUGGACCUUGAUAACAUUGAAAAACUAUUGAAGAGUGUAAUUGCACUUGAUGUUGUAAAUGCUAGAGCCAGUUAUGGCCUCUCAUUAGAAGGAACCUGUCCUGAGUUACUUCUACUGGAUGAUAAGAAUGCACCAUCAUCUUCAGAAGGCUUCUUGCAUAAGAAUAGUUCUAUGAAGCUUGCCUACUCUACCAAAAAGCAAUGGAAGUUGUGUAUGCCAAAAGCAUAUCAUCCUAUUUUACUUCAACGACACUGGCAUGAUCUACGCGAAGCCAAGAAGGAUGUUGCUAAUGCUAUUGCUGAACUUCGGAGAAGAAAAAUAAACGGGACAAAUUUUGGCCAGCAAGAAGUCACGCAAGAAAAAAUUGAUAUCCUACAAGAGAAGGUUACUCAACUGGAACAAGCUCACCCAGUUCCUGCUGAUAUAAUGAUUGCUAAGAAUACAAGAGUUCUUCUUAUAACUGGACCUAAUACAGGUGGCAAAACCAUUUGCUUGAAAGCAGUUGGAUUGGCUGCCAUGAUGGCAAAAGCAGGCCUGUAUGUUGUAUGUGCUGAACCUGCACAGGUUCCAUGGUUUGAUUCUGUUUUCGCUGAUAUUGGUGAUGAACAGUCAUUGUCUCAGUCUUUAUCAACCUUCUCAGGACACCUCAGGCAAAUCAGUAAUAUACAAGCUAGAUCUACUAGUCAAUCCCUGGUGCUUUUGGAUGAGAUUGGUGCUGGCACUAAUCCUUUAGAGGGAGCAGCACUUGGUAUGUCUAUUCUUGAGUCAUUUGCUGAAGCUGGUGCCUUACUAACCAUAGCCACAACACAUCAUGGCGAACUUAAAACCCUCAAGUAUAGCAAUGAUGGGUUUGAAAAUGCAUGCAUGGAGUUUGAUGAAGUCAACUUGAAGCCAACUUACAAAAUUUUUUGGGGAGUUCCAGGACGUUCAAAUGCUAUUACUAUUGCUGAAAGGCUUGGGCUUCCUAAAGUAAUUGUAAAUAACGCUCGUGGACUAUAUGGAGUGGCCAGUGCAGAGAUUGAUGAGGUCAUAUAUGAUUUGGAGAAGUUCAAGCUAAAUGUUGAAGAAUAUAAAGAUGAAGUGCAACGUUACUUGAGGCUUUCCAGGGAUCUUCAUGAGAAAGUACAGCAUACCCAGAGGAAGCUUGAUGAGCAUAGCUCUAAUCUUAAAUAUAGAAUGGUGCAACAAAUAACAGAGCUUGCAUCUACGGCACGUUCAAAUCUUCACAAGAAAAUGCGUCAGUAUCGUGCAUCUGCACAUAAGAGUAAACAUCCUGCAGAACCCAACACACAUCCAGCUAGUACACUGAUUAACAGCCAGCAUUAUACAACAAGUUCCAAAACUGUCGUCCCAGAAACUAGAGGUGCAUCUUCUGCUGAGGUCAAGCCAUCAUCAUCAGGUUCAGAGAAAAAAACUAUAAUCCCCAAGGUUGGUGAUACCGUGCAAGUUCCUUCCCUACGGAUGAAGGCAACAGUUCUUAAGGUGGAACCAUCCAAAGAAGAGAUAUUAGUGCAAGCUGGUAAACUGAAGUUGAAGUUGAAAAUGUCUGCAAUUAAGUCUUGACUGGUAAUAAUGUUGUGCAGUUGUAAAGAUAGAUAGUGUAUGUCAAUUUAUCUUUCAGUCAGCAUCGUAUUUGGUAAUCUUCUUGACAAUUUAGAAAAGAAGUAAAACAAAAGGUUGGAUUGCUGAAGUGCAGAAGAUUGCUCUAUUUGGCAAUAUGGUGGCAUUGUGCUGCACUUGGAAAGAAAGAAAACAACUAUGUUUAGGUUAGAGUUUAUUACGGCUAUUGUAUAGCUGCGUGCAUUAGAUUAAUGACUAAACUUGAUUUUUUCAGAUGUAAGUACAUAAUAUAAUAGCUUUAAGUGCAGGAUCUAUAUUUUAGCCCUGUUUUUGUAUACAAGUGAUACCGCUUUGUGUAUUUAUAAAAUUAUAAUAUUAACAUA